CCCGUAAAGUGUAGUCGAUUUUUAAUGAUUGCACAUUUUAGACAGAUUUUUUGCUUUUUAUUCAGUAUAUUCAAAUGCCACAAAAAUAGAUACGUUUGUUAAUUUUAGUAGGUUGGACUUCUUUUAAAGCAAAUUCAAAGCGGAAAAGACGUUGGAUCGGUGAAGAUGUCCGGGCAAGCCUGAUGCCCUGUAAAAAUUGCCCUUAGAAAUCUCUCUUGUUGGUCUAUGAUAGUUAACGCUAGUCCGCUUCUUUGAAUCUACACGAACAAACUUAAAUACACAUAAAAAUCAGGUCACCGUUCCUACUGAAGAGUCGUCUAUGAAGGAAAGUUGUUAAAACAAAAUUACUUCAGCUUUAUACCUGUUGCUAAAGCAUUUCGCACUGUGAGUGGUGAAAGUUUAUAUAGUGGAAAGUUUUAGUUAGCUAGCUAGCCCUCUAACAUGUUAGUGGAUAGGAGUUGGAUGCUAGGAUGGGAAGAGCUAUCCAGUAGCUUCAUUUCGAGCAUAUAUGUGAUGUAGGUUACAGAAUUGGAGACUAAACGUUUGUAUGUCAAUUUCUUGAGACUUCCACAAAAGGUUAAGAUUAUUCAGGGAUAAUGACACGUUAUCACUAGGUUUAUCAAUGUAUCAUAUUUUAAUUAAUUGCAACUUAAUACAAAAGCAGAUUUAUGUUGCUUUAUCAAAUUUAAAUGUCUGUAGGAUGAACUUUAACAACUUUGAUGAAGUAGAGAAGUACCUUCGAUUUGGGAUAUACACAAAACAUGAUAAAACUUCAAAACGUAUAAUAAGAAGGUGCAGUAAGAAAUUUUUUUGGACUGAUGGUGCUCUUUGGUAUGUGGAUGGAAAACGCCAGCGUAAAGUGCUUCGCACUGAAGAAGAUGUAAAAGCAGUGCUGACCGAACAUCAUAACAACCGCAAACAUGCGGGCCGCUCUAGGUGCCUGAAAGCUGUGUCAGUUCUGUACUACUGGCGCUCAAUGACCAAGGACAUCACAGAUUGGAUAGACAACUGUAAUGGUUGUGCCCAUCCUCCCAGUCCCAUGGUACGAUUACAGUGCAUUGUCCCUGGGUGUGAAAAUGCUGGACUGGCUGAUGGUGAAGAUGGUGUCAGUUUACACAGGUUUCCAUUUGGUGAUCCAAGCAGACUCAACUGUUGGAUCAGCUUUGCUCACAGAGACCGCUGGUCUCUCCAUAGCAGAUCAGCUAUAUGUUCCAAACAUUUCACAGCAGACAGCUUUGAUCGAAGCGCAAACAGUAUUUGCCUUAAAUCUGAUGCUGUGCCCACAGUUGAACCAUCCUCACAACAGGAGGUUAAUAAUGAAUGCUGUGAUGGUGUAUCCAUGGAAUCUGGGGGGGAGGAGCUUCCCUCUGCAGAUGAGGACAUAGUCCAUGUGGAGCACCCUUAUUCCAAAGCUCUCACUGUGCAGACCAGGACAAAGGGAAGUGGUGUGAACAGACACCUUCUGAGCUCCAAGUCUGAGCCGCAUUUCAGAAGGUAUGAUGCUUUGGAGAAGUACUUGCGCACAGGCGUAUAUAGGAGCACCCCCUAUUGCAAGAAGUACACAGUCAGGAGGUGUGCCAAGCGCUUCUGUUACCAAGAUGGAGUCCUGUAUUACCGCCAUGGCUCUAAGCAUCGCAGAGUUCUCCGAAGCCAGGAGGAAGUCGUUCAGGUGCUAAAGGAACACCAUGACAAAAGAGGCCACUUUGGAAUGAGCAGAUGUUUGAGCUCAAUAUCUAAGCUUUACUACUGGGGCACCAUUACUAGGGACAUAGAGGAAUGGAUUGGCAACUGCCAGUUCUGCAUGGAGAUGGAUGAGGCGACACAAAAAUACCGUUGUGCUGUUUACAGCUGCAACAACUACAACGGACCUCUGGAGAGAGCACUGGGCCUGACCUUUCACAGGUUUCCAUUUGAUGAGCCACAGCGACUCAAUGAGUGGAUCAGAAACCUGCGCAGAGUAAAUUGGCAACCCCGGCCACGCUCCGUCGUAUGCUCCACUCACUUCACGGAUGACUGCUUCAGCCGCUCUGGGGACUCUGUUUGCCUCAAGUCUCAUGCAGUCCCCACCCUGCUCCUCUGCACCUCACAGGGUAAGGAAGGGGAAGAUGCUCCUCGCAGUUCGGCUGAGAGGAGGAGCUCUUGUGAACCACAGGAUAAUUCAAACAACCAGCAUGCAUUUUUCUCCAAAUAUGAUGCAAUUGAGAAAUAUUUGAGUGGAAAGGGCUAUCCACCAGGCCUCACCUCUGUGGAGAAAAACACUUUCAGGAGACUCUGCUCCAGAUUUGCUAUGCAUGAUGGCUUCCUGUUCUAUACGUCAGGCAGAGGCAUACAGGAGCAUGGAAGGCGCAGGGUGGUGAGGAGCAGAAAGGAGGUGCAGUCGACGCUCACUGUGUACCACAAUGAGAUGAACCACAUCAAGUUCGAGAAGUGCUUAAAGCUUGUGUCCAGACACUUCUUCUGGGGCUCCAUGCGGGCUGAUGUAGAUCUGUGGAUUCAACAGUGCCCUCGGUGUUCAGGCUCAGAAGAGCCCUGUGCCAUGGAGCUUUGUGCUAGCCCAGGAAGCCUUGAAGUGCCUGAGUCUCUGGAUCACAUUGAAGAACAAGACAUUCUGAACCCCCAGAGUCAGAUGAACAGGAGAGUGGUAGCUGAUGGUGAGCUGAGUCUGUCAAUCACACAGCUGGCUGUGCAGCCGUGUCUGAUUGGUGCCAGACCCAAAAAAGGACUUCCUCCAUGUCAACCUGACGGUAAUACUGCCAAUAGAAUGACUGGAGCUGCUACCACAAGACUCGACCCAGUAACAAGCAGUUACGGACAUCUGCCUGAAGAUUUGGUACUGGAGAGGAGAAACUGCAUUAUGAGUGCGAGGGCUGUGGUCCAGCAGUGUACACAUGCCUUGCUGCAGGUCAAGCCCCAGGUGCCAGAGUCCGACUCCGAAUGGGUAGAGAUUCGUGAGGGAAUGGUGAUCUAUGUGUGCUUUUAUAAAUGUGCUACUGAGAAAAUUGUUCCCAAAAUGGUGAAUUCCUUGCUCAAUGUGCAGUUCUUCCCAGCCAGUAGUGGCAGGCAUGUCUCCAUCUUGGAGCUUCCAGGGAGUGUGCUAAUCGUUCCACAGGACACCAUGACGGGGGUGGUUAAAGGAUUCAAGGUGUUGAACCAUGGCUCCAUUGAGCGGUGGAAAGGCCUGCACCUGUACAAACAUUUUGUCUCCCUGUGUGAAAAGGAACUGGGAGCAUCCAAAAAGUGCUCCGAGGCAGGGGCAGUUGUCCGACAUGGAGUCUACGGAAACAUGCAGACAAUAUACCUUACCAGCAAUGGACCGCUCACUCAUGUAAUUGAGUUUUGAACUUGCACUUACGGGAAUUUCUUUUGGUAACAUUUACCAUGCUGUGAAAGUUUUCUGCCAGAUUCUUUGUUUGAAUCAGUAUUUGAAUUCUCAUUCCUUCCAUUGGAACUCCUAUUGUCUGAGGUUGUGUAACUGGUUUGUGAAAAUAAAGUGGUAUUUGUUUAA